GGCGCCGAUGGCUGGGCCGGUGAAGGACCGCGAGGCCUUCCAGAGGCUCAGCUUCUUGUACCAGGCCGCACACUGUGUCCUUGCGCAGGACCCUAACAACCAGGCGCUAGCGAGGUUUUACUGCCACACGGAGAGGACCAUCGCCAAGCGGCUUGUCUUGCGGCGGGACCCCUCGGUGAAGAGGACCCUCUGUAGAGGCUGCUCUUCCCUCCUCGUCCCGGGCCUCACCUGCACCCAGCGCCAGAGACGCUGUAGGGGACAGCGCUGGACAGUACAGACUUGCCUAACAUGCGAGCGCAGCCAGCGUUUCCUCAAUGAUCCUGAUCAUCUGCUCUGGGCAGACCGGCCUGAGGCCCAGCUGGGGAACCAGGCAGAUCUCAAACCACCACAACCCCUACCAAAUGCAGCCCACCCCAUUCCAGUCCACCUCCCUGAGGAGAAAGUGCAGCCUCAGAGCUCCAGUCACCAUUGAUGGAUUCACCCUUUCAAAUAAAGUAUAAUUGUGUUUCACUU